GUUUUUAGUCUGGCGGCGAGCGCCUGGACGUGCUGAACGUACAAACCUCGACCCGCGCAGUUUCGUAGCCACACAAUACAAGCUGCCCGUCGAUCGGCCCGCCAAAUAUGCUAGAACAGGCCGUGCCCCGAACCACGUGGGCCCCAGCGGCGAUGCCAGUCGCCACAUCGCCGCUGCUCUCGACUUCAACAGAGCCCUCCUGAUGUCGUGGCCAACGGAAGGCGAUGAGCCUCUAUCUAAGGUACAGCCGACAGCUGCUCCUCUGGAUCACGACAUGCGCAGCCAUCUACGUUCUCCUGGCAUGCUACUUCCACUUCUCAAGACACAACGCGGGCAUCGGGAAUUUCGGUACCUUUGUCGCCACUCGAUUCAUCCUCAAAGACAAUGCAACGCUAGCGUCACGCGCUACCCCCGCGAUGGCCAGCCACCCACCAGGAUUGCACGAGGACGUCAACCCAUACCCUUUCGGCUACGUCCUCAACAAACCAGACCUCUGCGCUACAGGAUCCAAGAUCCUGGUCCUCAUCGCGGUCAUGACGGCCUCCGGAAACUUCAACCAGCGCCGUGCCAUCAGGGACACCUGGGGCAAGGAAUCGCUGCACCGUGGCUUCAAGCUCGUGUUCCUCCUCGGCCUGCCCAGGUACGACGUCCUCCAGCGCAGCAUCCUAGCCGAAGACAGCCUCCACGCGGACAUCGUCCAAGGAAACUUCACAGACUGCUACCGGAACCUCACUUUCAAGUCGGUGAUGAUGGUCCGCUGGGCCAGUGCCUCCUGUCCUGGUGCGGAGUUUGUACUCAAGAUCGACGACGACGUGCUCCUCAACGUCUGGGACUUUGCGCCUACCCUGAGCGCACUGCACGGGGUAGACCGCACCAUCUGGGGGCUGCUGGCACAGCGCUGGACGCCAGAGCGGAACCCCCGGAGCAAGUGGUACGUGUCCUGGGGAAUGUACCAGAACGCGACGUACCCGGACUUCUUGACGGGUCCUUCGUACCUCCUGUCCGGUGACAGCGUGCCGUUGCUGGCUCGCGCGAGCGACAGCGUGCCUUACCUGUACCUUGAGGACGUCUUCCUCACCGGACUCGUGGCAGAGAAGGCCGGCAUUCGUAGGGUGCACAACGACGGGUUCCUCAACUACCGGAAGUUCUUUACGCCCUGCACAACGCCUCGAGUGAUAGCCAGUCACGGGUACACUCCACUGUACCUCCGGCACGUCUGGGCUUCCACAAAGACCAAAGCUGCGACGCGGCGUUGCCAGAAGCGGAAUUCCCUGGAGACAACGACAACGACAACCGAGUUUCGAGGAAUGACCACGUCCUAACGACGCUUGCGGGACGUUAGCAUUUUAUGUCUCACAAAUUGACGCUUGAGGGACGUCAGCAUUUUGUAUCUCCAGGUUGAGUUGCUUUCGGGUUCCAAGAAGUGAACUCCCGAGAACCGAGGCGCUUUCCACGCUUGCAUUUCGUCGUCUGGAAACCGGAUGUCUUCGGCUUCUAGACGCAUGGCGUGUUUUGUGCAAACGUGAAAACAGCAAACUCUGAUGUGCUUGUGCGGGUCGCAUGCCACACAUAUAAAGCUUCUGCGCGUGUGCAGCUACAUGCUUAACUUCGCUCCUCGACCCAGAAAAAGGAUAGCCACGGAAAGGGUGACACUGAAAAGGGGCAGAGACAGAAUUUCAAGAGACAAGGUGGCAAGGGGCAGGACGGCAAUGGACAGAAUGAGAAGAGACAGAAUGGCAAGGGGAAUCCCGGAGAAAAGCUCACCAGUCUUUCAACAGACCCGGAAAAAAUCUCACCUCGAAUUAAAUCAUUAUGUAAAGUGGACAAUACCAUUUUAUAGCAGUAGUGCAAUGAAAGCAAUUGACACCUCUCAAGCAGGCGGUACACUGUACGACACAGCACGAACACGAGCUGGGCGUUUUUUUUUUUUUUUGCAUUUUACUCGCAGUAAGAGCUAAAAUUACUCGCAGAAGAGCUAAAAAUUGAAAGCGUAGCUUCUUAAAUAAAUAGUGAAAUGUGAAGAUUUGGCAUUCCGAACUACAUGAAAGGUUAUUCAAUAUGCUGGGUGUUUCAGUGGUGACUUCAAAAAAUCCCUAAAAAUUAGGUGGUUGAGCAAAAGAAAGCUCUUUCAGGGAACAAACUGCCAGCCACAACAAAUGUCAAGAAUCGAGAGAAAAAAAAAUACUAAUUAGCUAAAUAAUUAACUUUUUAAUUAGUGAAAAUAAACAUAUGGUCCCAACAAGAAACUCUUUAAGAAUUAUUGAAAACCACUUAAUCAAUUCAUUUUAGAAAAAUAUAAAACAGGGGCAGCUUUUUAUAACGUCUCUAAAAAACGCUCAAGUCGAACGCGUCCGCAUUUAGCAUUUUUUUUUAAAUGUCGUAAAACGCUUUAUUCGGAUGCGUCCGAAUUUAGUUCAUUCUUGAAACGCCGUAAAAUGCUGACCCGGCCUUAUAUAUUUCUAAAAUGAGUUUAUUUAGUGGCUUUCGAUGAUGCUUAGAAAGUUUAUCAUUAGAACUUUGUUCAUUUUCACUAAAAAAAAUGAAUGAUUAAAUUUUAGUAAAUUAUUUAUCUAAUUAAUAUAUUUGUUUCUGUAAUUUUUGAUAUUCACCGUGGCUUGCAAUUUGUUCCAAGAAAGAUUUUUUCCUUUCUUGAAAGCCUUCGUAGAAACACCCUGUAUAAAUAUCCAGAAACUAUGCAAGCUGCGGACUUUUACACUUGCUUUAUUUCCCCCAGUUAUUUUGAAAUUAGCGCUCUAUUAAAAUUCUUUAUUUAUUUUUGUUGUGCAACGCCUACAUGUUGCAGAACAACUUUACAUUAAAAAAAAAAAAAAAAAAAAGAUUCUGCUAGCGGAGUGCAGAAUGAACGUUUGCACAUAAGGCAUCCCAGUAUACUUUCCAGUUGACUGAACAUACACUUCACUUUAAUGGACGCUCGAUUCGAUUCGUAAGUGAGGUUUUCUCCACAUCCAUCAAAAGACCGGUGAGCUUUUUUUCUGCAUCCGACGGUUUUGUGGUGAGCUUUCCUCCGCCGAUCUAGCAAGGCACAGGAUGGCCAGGAAUAUGUGGUAGUGAUGGACAAGUGACAUGUAAGAGUGCUACCUGUAUACAUACUUCAUUUCGCCAAACCAAGCAAACCUUGAGUUAGAUUUGUUAUACAGUAAAACCUCGUUAUAACAAAACGGGAUAUAACAAACUAAUGGAUAUAACAAAGCAAUCAUAAUUCCCCUUGCUUGCUAAUAGUGGGAAGAAAUGGACAUUGGCUAUAACAAACUAAUGGUUAUAACGAAAUAAUUACGACCGCUCCUUCAACUUUGUUAUAACGAGGUUUUACUGUAUAAACGUUUAUACAGCUGGGAGGUCAGUUCGCCACAAAAUGUGCUCUGCCCCAGAAGAGCGAUUCAGCUGAGCGGAAUGACCGCUAACCUUACGUUCAAUGUGCAUCACAUGUUAGUGAUUCCAUGAAAAAUAUUUAGAGGAGUAAACAUGAUGCUCAUAGUUAAGACACCAAGCUUACGCAGAUGUGCAUGUUCUGUUCAGUUAUAAUUUUUAAGGGAAGCAUUAAAAAAAAAAACAAGUGAAAUCGGAUGAACAGAUUGCUCACCAUUGUGAGAAAUUUUCUUUCAACCGCGCUCAGAUAUAAAUGCAAAUAAGUCGGUUAUUUAAAAAGACAUAGUGCUUUGGUUUUAUUGCAGGUCUGAGGCACAAUUACAGCAGCCCACGUGGAAGAAAGCAACUUGAAGUAAAAGGCUACAAGUAUACAUAACUUGAAAAAUGAUAAAUGGCUAAACAUAGCAGCCUGCCAUCUCUUGUUCAACCUUGUUACCAUUUCUGGACAUGGUUAUGAGCAGAAACUCGAUUCACAACCCAAAAACCUGCACUUGUAGCUGCAACAUAUAUAAAAGUGAACCUUACUUAACGAAGAAAUAUAUAAUAAAAGUUUGAAUGUUUGUGCACCAUAAACAAAUAAAACAAAUGCAGUUAGUCCCAUAUUA